CGGAGCUCCAACGAAACGCUUUUGAAACUCUCCACCGUACGAGAGAGAGAGAGAGAGAGAGGAUACAGACACCGAUUCAUAAUCCCUCCCUCCCCGGAUAAUCAAAAGGGCUUCUCCUUUCGAGAGAUUCCCGGAGAAAAGUUGUGUACUUUACACUCCAAGUCUCUUGAGAGGAGGACACCAUAAACUCUGGGGGAAGUAGAACAUCAAAGGGAGAUUCUGCUCCAAUUUCAUCUGGGUUUCCCCCUUUUUUCUGUAUUUACUUAUGAAAUGGCUGCUCCGGUUAUAAUCGUGGGCUCACAUGUGUGGGUUGAAGAUCCGCAUUUAGCAUGGAUCCAUGGAGAAGUAACUCGAAUCGAUGGUGAAAACGUUCAUGUCCAAACUAACAAGGGGAAAACCGUUGUGACGAAUGUAUACUUUCCCAAGGAUACUGAAGCUCCACCUGGAGGUGUUGAUGACAUGACAAAGCUCUCAUACUUGCAUGAGCCCGGGGUCUUACAAAACCUUGAGACGAGAUAUGAACUUAAUGAAAUCUAUACAUAUACAGGGAAUAUCCUAAUUGCAGUUAAUCCAUUCCAAAGGCUGCCUAUUUAUGAAACCGAUAUGAUGGAACAAUAUAAGAGGGUUGCACUUGGAGAACUAAGUCCUCAUGUUUUUGCAAUCGGGGAUGCUGCAUACAGGGCAAUGAUUAAUGAAGGAAAAAGCAACUCGAUUUUGGUUAGUGGAGAAAGUGGUGCUGGUAAAACCGAGACGACAAAGAUGCUCAUGAGGUACCUUGCCUUUUUGGGAGGGAGGUCUGGUGUAGAAGGAAGGACAGUUGAACAGCAAGUCUUAGAGUCCAAUCCGGUUCUCGAAGCAUUUGGCAAUGCAAAAACUUUACGGAACAACAAUUCGAGUCGUUUUGGGAAAUUUGUUGAAAUCCAAUUUGACAAGAAUGGAAGGAUAUCUGGAGCAGCUAUUAGGACUUAUCUGCUUGAGAGGUCCCGUGUUUGCCAAAUCUCAGAUCCCGAAAGAAACUACCAUUGCUUUUACCUUCUUUGUGCUGCUCCACCAGAGGACAGAGAGAAGUACCAGCUGGGAAACCCACAGUCAUUCCAUUAUCUAAAUCAGUCAAGUUGUUAUAAACUGGAUGGUGUUGAUGAUGCUAGUGAAUACCUUGAAACUAGAAGAGCUAUGGAUAUAGUUGGAAUCAAUAAUGAAGAACAGGAGGCAAUCUUCAGGGUGGUUGCUGCGAUUCUUCAUCUUGGUAACAUUGAUUUUGGAAAGGGGGAAGAGAUUGAUUCCUCCGUCAUCAAGGAUGAAAAUUCCCGAUUUCAUCUUAACUUGGCUGCAGAACUACUUAUGUGUAACGCCCAGAGCCUAGAAGAUGCUCUUAUUAGGCGUGUGAUGGUUACACCUGAAGAGAUUAUCACGAGAACGCUUGAUCCCGAUAAUGCAAUUGCGAGUAGGGAUACCCUGGCCAAGACAAUAUAUUCUCACUUGUUCGAUUGGAUUGUGAAUAAAAUCAAUACUUCCAUCGGGCAGGACCCGACGUCAAAGUCUAUUAUUGGAGUUCUGGAUAUCUAUGGGUUCGAAAGUUUCAAAUGCAAUAGCUUUGAGCAAUUCUGCAUCAACUUCACGAAUGAAAAACUGCAGCAGCAUUUUAAUGAGCAUGUUUUCAAGAUGGAGCAGGAAGAGUACAGCAAAGAAGAGAUCGAUUGGAGCUACAUAGAGUUUAUUGAUAACCAAGAUGUUCUUGAUUUAAUUGAAAAGAAACCAGGAGGGAUAAUUUCACUUCUAGAUGAAGCCUGCAUGUUUCCCAAGUCUACACAUGAAACCUUCUCCCAGAAGUUGUUCCAGACGUUCAAAAAUCACAAGAGAUUUUCCAAACCGAAGCUCUCUCGCACUGAUUUUACAAUAUCACAUUAUGCAGGAGAGGUUACGUAUCAAUCAAACCAUUUUAUCGACAAGAACAAGGAUUAUAUAGUUGCUGAACAUCAAGCGCUAUUUGCUGCGUCUAACUGCUCCUUUGUGGCGGGUUUGUUCCAUGCGCUUCAUGAAGACUCAUCCAGGUCAUCAAAAUUUUCUUCCAUUGGGACGCGGUUCAAGCAACAACUUCACUCGCUGAUGGAAACACUGAAUGGUACAGAACCUCAUUACAUCAGAUGUAUAAAGCCGAACAAUAUUCUUAAACCUGGUAUCUUCGAGAAUUCCAACGUCAUUCAUCAAUUGCGAUGUGGGGGUGUUCUCGAGGCCAUUAGGAUCAGUUGCGCUGGCUAUCCUACAAGGCUUGCCUUCUAUGACUUUCUUGAGCGUUUUGGUCUCCUUGCGCCAGAAGUUUUGGACGGAAAUUACGAUGAUGAAGUAGCUUGCGAAAUGAUUCUUGAUAAGAAAGGUCUGAAGGACUACCAGGUUGGAAAGACAAAGAUUUUCCUUCGAGCUGGUCAGAUGGCUGAACUAGAUGCUAGGAGAGCAGAGGUGCUUGGAAAUGCUGCCAGAGUCAUUCAGAGGCAAUUCCGCACAUGCAUCGCCAGAAAGAAAUUCCGUUCUAUCCGCAAUGCUGCAAUUGUAUUGCAAUCUUUCAUACGAGGCGAGAUUGCCCAGAGUGUACACAAAAAACUGAAGAUAGAAGCUGCAGCUCUAAGAUUCCAGAAGAAUUUCCGCCGUUACAUCGUCAGGAAAUAUUUUGUCACCAUCAGAUCAUCCGCGAUUGUGUUGCAGACUGGCUUAAGGGCCAUGAUUGCACGUAAUGAAUUCAGGCUGAGAAGGCAAACAAAAUCCGCCAUUUUGAUUCAGGCUCAUUGGCGUGGUCACCAAGCAUACUCAUAUUACACAAGACUUCAGAAGGCGGCAAUAGUCACUCAAUGUGCCUGGAGAUGCAGACUUGCUAGAAGAGAGCUUAGAAUGCUGAAAAUGGCUGCAAGAGAAACCGGUGCUCUUAAAGAUGCUAAGGAUAAAUUGGAGAAGCGGGUGGAAGAGCUUACCUGGCGUUUGCAACUGGAGAAGCGAUUAAGGACUGAUCUUGAGGAGGCAAAGGUGCAAGAAGUUGCAAAGCUGCAAGUGGCUUUGCAUACCAUGCAGUCACAAUUGAAAGAAGCUACUGCAAUGGUCUUGAAGGAACAGGAGGCGGCUCGAAUAGCAAUUGAAGAAGCAAGUCAAGUUAAUAAGGAACCUGUUGUUGUUGAAGAUACAGAGAAGAUCGAUUCUUUGAGCAACGAAAUUGAGAAGCUAAAGGGACUGUUGUCAUCAGAAGCGCAGAAGGCAGAUGAAGCAAAGCAGGCUUAUUGUAGUGCCUUGGUCCAAAAUGAGGAAUUAAGUAAGAAACUUGACGAUGCUGGAAGAAAAAUAGACGAGCUUCAAGAUUCUGUUCAGAGAUUCCAAGAAAAGGUCUCUAACUUGGAGUCAGAGAAUAAGGUAAUCCGGCAACAAUCUCUUGCCCUCUCACCAACUUCCAGAGCUUUGGCCCUGAGACCAAAAAGUAUCAUACUUCAGAGAACUCCCGAGAGGAAAACUUUCUCCAAUGGAGAAACAAAAGUUCAGGAACCUGAAACUGAUGAUAGGCCUCAGAAAUCGCUUAAUCAGAAACAGCAGGAGAAUCAAGAGCUACUACUAAAGUCUAUUUCGGAAGAUAUAGGAUUUUCUGAAGGCAAACCUGUUGCUGCCUGUCUGAUAUACAAGUGUCUGAUACACUGGAGAUCUUUUGAAGUAGAAAGGACCACUAUCUUUAACCGUAUAAUCGAUACGAUAGCAUCCGCGAUCGAGUUGCAAGUAAACAGCGAUGUACUAUGCUAUUGGUUAUCCAAUUCCGCCACACUUUUAAUGUUGCUUCAACGCACUCUGAAAGCCGGUAGCAUUCCUCCUUCGAGACAUCGGGCAAUGUCUACAUCUUUGUUUGGACGGGUAUCUCAGAGUCUCCGAGGUUCUCCACAAAGUGCUGCAUUCUCAUUUAUGAACGGAAGGGCGACUGGUGGUGGGCUAGACGAACUACGUCAAGUGGAAGCUAAAUAUCCUGCUUUGCUUUUCAAGCAGCAACUCACCGCUUACCUAGAAAAGAUAUAUGGAAUGAUCCGAGACCAUAUGAAGAAAGAGAUUGCGCCUCUGCUUGCUUCUUGCAUUCAGGCACCAAGGGCACCACGUUCUGGUUUGGUAAAGGGUCGUUCACAAAAUAAUUUUGUUGCUCAAAAAGCGCUGAUUGCUCACUGGCAAAGCAUUGUCUCAUGUCUAAACGGCCACUUGAGGACUAUGAGGGCCAAUUAUGUGCCUUCGUUGCUAAUUUCUAAGGUGUUCGGGCAGAUAUUUUCAUUUAUCAAUGUUCAGCUGUUUAACAGCCUUCUUUUGAGACGCGAAUGCUGCUCGUUUAGCAAUGGGGAGUAUGUAAAAACAGGGCUUGCAGAGCUGGAAAAGUGGUGCCAUGAUGCAACUGAGGAGUAUGCUGGUGCGGCUUGGGAUGAGCUAAAGCACAUCAGACAAGCUGUUGGCUUCUUGGUUAUACAUCAGAAGCCUAAGAAAAGCUUAGUAGAGAUUACUACCGAACUCUGCCCGGUGCUUAGCGUCCAGCAACUGUACAGGAUCAGCACUAUGUAUUGGGACGACAAAUACGGCACACAUAGCGUAUCUUCAGAGGCAAAAACAGAAGAGCCUAAGUAUGUUCCUUUAGAAUUCGUUUUGACACAACAAAAAAUGGCUGUAUUGAAGGUGAUGGCAAGCAUGCGGGUUACGGUAUCAGGGGAAAACAGCAGGAUCUGCAGUUCGUUUUUACUAGACGACGAUUCGAGCAUCCCAUUCUCGCUUGACGAUAUAUCGAAAUCGAUGCAAAACGUAGAGGUUGCAGAGAUCGAUCCUCCUCCGCUGAUUCGCGAAAACAGCAGCUUCAUGUUCUUGUUGGAAAGGUCAGAUUGAAGUAUCAGACAGAAGCAGUCGCUUGUGUUUACCCGAUCGAUGUCUAAGACAUUUUCAGAGUAGGAGAUCUCAGUAUUGUGCUUUAAAAAACAGAGCCUGUACAGAGGCUAUCUUUGCCAGUAGCUUUCUGGUUAUAUUCUAGGGUAAAAAUGGGUAGGAAACUUUUCUCCAACUGUUGUUUGUGAACCAAAUAUUUAUUAAAUUGAUGGGCCAUGUUUUUGUAGGCCAUUGCUUGGAAUGAAUAUUUUUAGGAAUGAUGUUUGUGCCUUUACACUAGUAAGAAUCAAAAUCUGACCCGAUUGUGCUGAAAAUGAGGUCAGUCUCGAGGGGUUAUCAUCUCCGCUACUUGCGACUUCUGUGGAAGACUGACCAGAGGAGUGAGUUGAAGAUGAGUCCUGGAAAUUGAUUUUCUUAGAGUUAAAAACAUGUUCUGAUCUUGCAUUCACCUUCAAACUCAGUGAUACAGUCACAGCAGAACUGCGAGCAUUGGAUUCAGUUGUCAAGAAGGUAUGGUGAAAUCGAAUAAGCCGCAGAGCUAGCAAAUGAAACUCUCUUGUCCAUGUGACUCAUGCAACAGUACUCCAUAUUCUAAAAAUGAAUUGAGUCAAAGUCUAUAUAAUGGCUAGCCUAUAUAAUCAUUAGACCACGAAGUAUAAUAUCGUCUUCCUUCAAUAGGCUUUUCAAACAAUCUGGGAAAGUCAACCUCGUUUCCAC